GAGCUCAGUCCACAAGAUAUGGACAUACUACUGUCGUACGCAUAUCGAGUCAGGACUCAGCUGACCAAAGAAGACUUCGAAAUGCUACCGUUUGCGUACCGUGCGAUACCUCAGCUGAGUGGCAACGCCACUGACUCCCGUGCUGCAUUUCUAUCUGGACUUGACCCCAUCCUCUAUCAUUGUUGUCCCAAGUCCUGUGUCUGCUACGUUGGGCCAUAUGCUGAGCUGCAAAGCUGUCCGACCUGUGGUACUUCGCGAUACAAUGCACGUGAACGGCCUCGCAAGAUCUUCACUUAUAUUCCCUUGACCCCGCGUCUUGUCGGUCUUCAUCGAAACCCCGAGAUAGCCAAGAAAUUGCAAUACCGUAGCGACUACAACAUCUCGGCAGCUCGCCACACUGUGAAUGACGUAUUUGAUGGCUCUCACUACCGCUCGCUCCGG